AUGAACUUGACUUCAGAGCCGACGACUGUAUACGAGAUAUCAUUGAAAAUGUCUGCCGAAGAAUACAUUAGUCUAACGGCGAGUGUUAUUAGUCUAUGGUUUGGAUUCAAUAUACUUGUGUUCACACAAAUCGCUCGACAAGAUGAGUUUGUCAAGAAAUGUGUGAUAUGUGGCGAUAAAGCCUAUGGCUUCAAUUUUAACGCAAUCACAUGCGAGUCCUGUAAAGUGAUGUUUAGACGAAAUGCUCAGAAUUUUGAUAAAUUAAAAUGCAAUUUUUGUAACAAUUGUCGCAUUGAUCUAAAAAACAGGAAAUACUGUAAAAAGUGUCGUUUAGCCAAAUGUUUUGCCGCCGGCAUGAAAAAGGAUAAUAUAAUGAGUGAUGAGGAGAAGCAGAGAAGGGCUCAAAAGAUUGAACACAACCGGCAGAAAAAGCACAGACGCCAGGAGGAGGUGCGGGCGCUCGUGGCCUCACUGGACACGUGUGCGGACCCAAUCUCUUCGGGUGAGUCCACAGCUUUGGCAUCGAUGGCAGUAAUAAAGAAGUUGGAAGCGAUGACCAACAACUACGAGCUCAUGACAGCUCGACUCCGAGAGUUGGAGUCGUAUGCCAUGAAUAGGCGCUGGACAGACAUCUCGUACAAUAUCUACCAGAAAGUGGUGGACAUGGAGUUCACAACCCCUGCUAUCGGGCGUCCACUCAGCGACCGUCUCAUGUCGUUCAACGAGUUAGAGUUCGACCGAUUUCGGGAACUUUUGACGGCCGCCCAGUCAAUGGCCGCCACACCGCCGGCCCUCAGCCUUGAGUGCCAGCGCCAAGUGAUCAGGGAUUUUAACUCAGGUCUCCAAUGCCCUCGUAAUGUAUCCAGUAUUACGGCUAUAUAUGUGGAGGGCAUUACUGCCAACAUAGUGAAAAUGUCCAAACACUUUGACGCCUUUGUUGGUAUGUGCGAGAAUGACCAGAUCAUCAUGGUCAAACACGCGUGCUUUGAGAUAUGUGUAAUUCGGGCCAUUAUUUGCUUUAACUUUCAAUACGAGUACUGGAGUCUAAUGUUGGAUUGCGAGUAUUCUGUUGUUAUGAAAUUGGAUUUAUUAAAGAAAGACAAACGAAAUAUUCAUGAAAAUCAUAAAAUUAUUUUGGAUAAAAUGUGUGCCGAAUGGGAAUCAGACACCAAUAUUAUUGAUCUGCUAACAGCUAUUAUACUGUUUAACCCUGAUCGUCCCGGUCUUAUACAUUCCGAACUCGUGAGAUAUCUACUAAUAAAAUACGGAUCCGAUUGUGUGGCAAAGAGUAAAUUCUUGCGUCUAUUGAGCUGUUUAUCUGAUUUACAUGUUUUGAAGGAUAAGAUGACCACCAAUUGGUUGGACGACGAGUCCGAGUGUAUGCCUCUUAUGAACGAGAUUUGCAGCCAAACCACUGUUUCCAUAACCGUUGCCUAA